AUGGAUCUAGAGGAAGUGCCAAAGAAGAGAAAAGACAAGCCUAUACAUGACGGGGAGUUGAUUCCUAAGGUUCAAUUGAAUAUUCCACUGGUGGAUGUACUUCAUAAAAUUCCAAAGUAUGCUAAGUACAUAAAAGAUAUAGUGGCCCACAAGAGAAGAUUGACUGAGUUUGAGAUAGUUGCACUUACUGAGGAGUGCACUUCAAGGAUCCAAAACAAGCUCCCUCAAAAGCUUAAGGAUCAUGGCAGCUUCACCAUCCCUGUGCAAAUUGGUCUAGGAGCUCCAAGACCAGCUACUGUGAUGUUGCAGCUGGCUGAUAUGUCCGUAGCACACCCUGAGGGAGUGAUUGAAGAUGUAUUGCUGCAAAAUGGGAAAUUUAUCUUCCCUGCAGACUUCAUUAUCCUAGAUUAUGAGGCUGAUGAACUGGCUCCAAUCAUAUUGGGAUGA